AUGGCUCCAGGACGAAAACGCCGCGCAGAAGUCGCACCAGAAUCCUCUAACGAGCAGUCCGAAGACGAAGGGCCACGGAGUACCCAGCGCAGACGCCAAAACCAACCUGUGGAAGAGGAAGAGGAGGAAUACACCCAGAAUGGCGCAGAAGAGCCCACGGUCAUCGAUGCGGCGGAUGGAGACGAGGAGGAGGUCGGGAGAGAUCCGAGGGGAACUUAUGGGCUGGUGAUGAAACUGGUGCGCUAUGCAUUGGCGUGUGAAUUUGGACGAGUGCCGAUCAGGAGAGAGGGGAUUAGAGAGAAAGUCUUUGGGAAGCACGGCGGCCGCAGGUUUCAGCAACUAUUCGAUGAGGCGCAAGUUCUCCUGGAAGAGAAGUUCGGGAUGCAAAUGGUCGAGCUGCCUUCAAAAGAGAAGGUUACUCUGAAAGACAGGCGAGCUGCCGUACAAAAGGCCGCCGCUACAUCAACCAACCGCUCAUACAUCCUCAAGUCUAUUCUCCCGCAGAAAUACAACAUCCCCGCUAUCAUAACACCAUCUCAUAUCCCCUCCGCCUCCGCAGAAAGCGCAUACAUGGGUCUCUAUACCCUCAUAGUGUCUAUAAUCAUGCUCAACGGCGGGCGGGUCUCAGACGAGAAGCUGAUGCGGUAUCUCCAACGCAUGAACGCAAACGUGAACACGCCGGUAGACAAGACGGAGUUCUUGUUUGCGAAGAUGCAGAAACAGGGGUAUGUCGUGAAGAUCAAGGAUAACGCUAGCGGCACCGAUAUUACGGAGUGGAUGGUUGGUCCGAGGGGGAAGGUGGAGGUUGGGGCUGAGGGCGUGAAGGGGCUUGUGAAAACAGUGUAUGGGGAUACGGCACCGGAUGAUUUGGAUGUGAGGCUGAAGGCUAGUCUGGGGAUUAAGGAUGGUCCUGAGAGGAGGGAGAGGCAGGUUGUUGAACCGGAGGGAGAGGAGCAGGGCAGGGCAGGACGGAGAACAAGGGCGGCCGAGGCUGAGGAGGAAUGA